AUUUUUUCUUAUAUAUUGUUUAGAUAUUUAUAAUGUGAAAUUUAAAUUAAAAACUGCAUUUACUAAAAGUAAGCAAUUUUGUUCAUUCUUAAUUAACAUAUAUGACUUUCUCAUCGUUUUUUAAUUUAUUUUUUUUUUAUAUCAGCAUUGGUGCAACACCUUUUAUUUAUUGGUUUACCAAUCUUUUGGCGCUGGAUUUUUGUAUCGGUUUCUCACAGUUUUUUGGCUUAGAUUUUAAUCUGGUUUUUUUUGUUUAACGAGUGAUUACUUGUCUUGGUUUCUUUUCUAAUUUUGUAACUACUUGUGGGUGAAAUGAUGAUUUCGGGUUCAAAUUUGGGUGUGUGUAAGUGAGUGUGAUUAGUUAGUUAGUUGGUUGGUUGGUUGGUUGGUUGGUUUUAUGACGGUGAAAUCGGCAGUUAUGGCAUUUUGGGAAGAGGAUGGCAUGUAAAGAGAUCAAAUGAUUGGACAUGAGAUUAACAUUAGUUAGGUGGUUAAAUGGGGUAACUAAGGUUGUCUAGCUACUAAGGCAUGCAGUGGCAUUUACGUAAUCUACUAGAGAUUUAGUAGGUUUGCAGUUUGAAAAACGAAAUGAUUUAAUUUAAUGGUGUACAUGAAAGUAGUCCUUAAUCUUAAAUAUCUUAUAUUUUAAAUGCAUCUGAUACUGACAAAGUGUGCUAUCCAAUUUUAGUUUACAUCUAGUUACUCUCACUCUGAAUUUCGUUCACCUCAUAUCACAACGUUACCCCAGAUCAUCCACAACUAGAACUAAACAAACCUAUAACAUAUAUAUUUUUGAGUACCAAAAUAUCAGAUAUUUUUUGUACAAGAUUAGCCUAAUGGAUCUCAACCCGAUGAACGAGCAGAUCCCAGCGCAGCAGGAGCUACUGAAGGAUGAGGACAAGCAAGAAGAUGACCAUCUACGUUGCAAGGAAGCGAUGAGGGGUGAGGCCAUAGCCAAGGCGUUGGGCGAUGUGCAAAUCUAUGUGGAACUUGGCGAGGAGGAGGCCUUUGUGCAAAUGAAGCCGCCACAGUUGCACAAGUUUAGGGUGACUCCGAAUGGAGUGGAUUCGGGAUCAUCGGAAUCGAACAAGUUCGACCGAGCCGAUCCUACGGACAUUGCUCGUUGGGACUUGAAACGGGAGCUCAAGUUGGAUUUGAUUUCAAGCCAGUGGGCCGAGCAGAUUGGCAAACUUCAAACCGACGAAGUCACUGGCGAAGUGUACAUGAUAGUGCCCAUCGAUAUAAACAUACUCGUAGACCAAUCCAAAAUGACGCCCGAUUUGGCCACGAAAAGCAUCACCGAAGAGGAUGCCUACAAGGAGGAGACGGGACCGGGACACACCUUCUAUUUGUACCACGACCUCGAUGAGCAUCCUGGGCAGCUGCCGAAAACAGCGUUGGAUCAGCAAAACCAAGUGGACAGUCAGGAUGGCCAGAACAGUCCGGAUAUCAAGGUUAGCCAGGACAAAGAGGAGCAACAGCCGGCAUAUAAAGCAAACUGGAACUACCACUUGCACGAAUUUGAGGUGCCCAAGCUCAGCUUUCCCUUUGAACUCUCCCUGAACCCAGAGUUGGUCCGCUUGUUGGGUGGCCGAACGGAAAACCAAACUGAAACCAAAGAAAUCCCCUUGGAUUCCGAAGAAAUGCCAACGGAUUCGGGAGAAUUACCAACGGAUUCGGUAGUCUCAACGGAGGAAGAUGAAUCGGAAAAUCCAAAUCUGGAAGAGCUCAACUACCUCGAAGAGCUUAUUGAGGAUAUGGAGGUCUAAAAGGCAAACUGUAUCUCCAAAAAUAUUAUUACAAACAAAAUUCUAUCAAGCCUAGAUUAUUUCAACCGUAUCUCGUAUCUAGUUGGUUAUUAGGGAAGGAACAACUAAAUUUUAUAAGCUAUACUCAAAGCAUGCAGUGAAAAUAUAUAAAUUAAAAAAAAAUAUACAUGCUGAUUUUGAAUCGAUUGCGUAAUAUUAAAAAAGAUCUAGUUGGGUACUACUGGAAGACUCUUAGAAUAACUAUAAAUAUAUAUAAUUUCCGAUUUUGUAACCGU